UUCACAUUUUUUUAUUAACUUUUCGAUAAAAAUUUUCAAACUUCAUAACAUUUUGUCAAAAAUCUUCCAUACCCAGAUAUAAAAAUCCAAGCUUUCAUCUGGGUUUUCAUUUUCUUGGAUGAAUUAACAAUCUUGAUGAAGUGGGUCAAAUGGGAAAUGUAACUUCAAAUGUAGCUGCAAAAUUUGCAUUUUUUCCACCUGACCCACCAACAUAUGAUGUUUUUAAGGAUGAUGAUAAUAAUGAUGAUGAUCCAACAAUAGGUGAAACAAGGCUUGUGUUUACAGGGAUUACAGCUGAUAAAAAUGUUGAUGUUCAUUUGCUUGAUACAAAAGGUGGGAACAAAAUUGUUGCUACAUUUUGGAAACAUCCUUCUGGGAAGUUGACUCUUUUGUAUUCUCAUGGUAAUGCUGCUGAUUUGGGUCAAAUGAAAGAAUUGUUUCUGGAGCUUAGAGCUCACCUUAGAGUCAAUAUUAUGAGUUAUGAUUAUUCGGGAUAUGGAGCCUCCACAGGGAAGCCAUCUGAAUUCAAUACAUAUUACGAUAUAGAGGCCGUCUACAAUUGUUUAAAAAAUAAUUAUGGAAUCAAGCAAGAAGACAUAGUCUUAUAUGGACAAUCCGUUGGCAGCGGGCCCACGUUACACUUGGCUUCUCGAUUACAAAGGUUAAGAGGUGUUGUUCUACACAGUGCUAUUCUUUCAGGAAUACGUGUUCUGUAUCCUGUCAAAAUGACAUUCUGGUUUGACAUUUUCAAGAAUAUCGACAAAGUACAGAAAGUCAGCUGUCCGGUUCUAGUUAUACAUGGUACAAAUGAUGAAAUUGUUGAUUUUUCUCACGGGAGACGAUUAUGGGAGCUUGCAAAAGACAAAUAUGAUCCGUUGUGGGUCCAAGGUGGCGGUCAUUCUAACCUUGAAAGUUACCCAGAGUACAUAAGACAUUUACGGAAGUUUAUAAAAGCGAUGGAGAAGCUUGCAUCGAGGCAAAACAAGCAACGCCUUUCUUCAGUCCCGAGUAUCAAAGAAGCCAAACACAACCGGUGCUUAAGAUUUGGAGGAACAUGAUCACAUUUUUAUUGUUAGAAAACUUGUUGACCCGAUUCCAAACCAUGGUAGGAAUCAAGAAUCUUGGCGCCGAAUCAAAACCACGGUUAGAUCUCAAGAAUCUUGAUGACCUAAAAUAAAACAUGGCUGUUGAACUUUUUUUCUUUUGAGAAUCUUGUAUGAUUUUUUGUUUAUGUUUUCGCGAUUGUAAUU